AUGGAACAACAGGAAUGGAUCCGCAUCUUUCAGACUGAAAUUGACACACUUAACCGAAAAGAACACACUUGGCAUUUGGAGUUUGAUGAAAGUAUUGAUCCUAAUAAUCCAAACAUGGGCUGGAAGACGUACUUCAGGAAAACAAGUGCAAGCCUCACCUGCAUUAUGCAAUCUCUGCAUCAUGCACCKCAGGUGGAGGCCAUCAGCAUCGGACCACGCCUCAUCGUAACCACUCUGCGCCUUCUCCACCCUCGUUCUCACGGCUCCACCAGGCGUCCGCCCGCCACUAGUUUAUGUUGUAAUGACUACAACACAGAUGUGGCCUCACUUGCCUAUGAAUUGUCCUCAUCAGCUUUGUGCAGCUCAUUUAAGGUUAACUGCUCCAAACCAGACCAACCGAGCCUGCUGGCUGCACUGAGCCCUGUCUUUGACCUGAGGGCUAUCCGGCCCGUAAUGAACCAAACCACACACACAACCAUCACCAUGUACUUCACUCUUUACGGGAUAUUAGGAGUGGAUGAAAAGUCCCAGGUCCUCAUCACCUACCUCUGGAUGCACUUUUGGUGGACGAAUGAGUUUAUCAGGUGGGACUCAGUUCAGUGUGGCAUGAGCAACAUUUCAGUUCCCAAAGAGAAGAUCUGGCUUCCAGAUAUUGUCAUCAAUGAGUUCAUGGAGGAAAACAAAGCACCGUCUGUUCCAUACAUAUACCUGUUCAGCGAUGGGAGGGUACACAACGCUCUUCCACUCAGAGUUGUGAGCUCCUGUAAUCUCGACAUCUAUGCCUUUCCUUUCGACAUACAGAACUGCUCCCUAACUUUCAACUCCUACAUCUACUAUUCGAUUGAGCUUAACAUUAUUCUUGGACGAGACGCAGAAUUAAUGACCUCAUUCUCUAAGGACGUGAUGACCACCAUGGGUGAAUGGGCACUGGUGGACAUCACUGCACAGAAAAUAGAGAAAAAUGACAAGCUGGGUCUAUACCCAGACAUGCUUACAUUUUAUAUCCGAGUGCGGCGCCGCUCCAUCAUGUACGUAGUGACCCUGCUGCUGCCCAGCUGCUUCCUCAUUACGUUGGACCUCUUCAGCUUCCUGCUGCCUCCUGAGAGCACAGACAGGUCUUCUUUCAAGAUGACCAUCAUCUUCGGCUACACGGUGUUCCUGCUCAUCAUGAACGACCUGCUGCCCAUCACCGGAAACACCAUACCUCUGAUAAAUGUGUUCUUCUCUCUUUGCCUGGUCCUGAUGGUGGCCAGUCUGCUGGAGACCAUCUUCAUCACCAACAUAUUGAUCAACUCAUCUGACUUCUCUCCCGUCCCUCGAUGGAUUCAGAUUCUUGUUCUGAACUUCCUUGGCUGCCUCGUUUGCAUGCCGAGAAGGAGAGAGAAACCAAAGGGUUCAGAUCCAGGAACAACAAACAGAUUUGAUGUAAAUCCUCUUGAAACGGGAGGAUCAGCUGAGGAAGACGAGGCUCUGACGGAGCUGAAGAGCCUGAGCCGCGUCCUGCAGGCCAUCCGCUGUGAGGUGGAGCAGCAGCAGGAAGGGCAGCAGAGCUCUGAGGAAUGGAACCAGGUGGGUUUCAUCAUUGACCGCCUGCUGUUUGGCCUCUACAUCGUCUUCAUAUCAGUSAGCUUCAUCACCAUCAUCAUCCUCUGGGUUAUCUCCUGCAGUCAGUAG